AUGUUUUACACCAUCAAACACACCGGUGAAGUAGCAAGUAGCAACCCUAUGGAGAAGGAACACAUUCUCCUGCUCAUAAUCUUCUGUUUCUCUUUCUUUGUACUGAAACCCAUCGCCGGAGCCGACACCGACUGCUUGCCGUCCUCCUGCGGCCCCAACGAACCAGAAGUACGGUUCCCGUUCCGUAUCUCCGGCCGGCAACCGGCCCGAUGCGGUUUCCCUGGUUUCAAUCUCUCCUGUGACCAACAAAACCGAACAAUCAUCCGACUUCCGUCAUCCCUCUCAUACAUAGUCAACAGUAUUUCCUACUUUUCACAGGUCAUCUCCAUAGAUCCGGAAUUCUGCCGGCCAAAUCGAAUUGCCGAUGUCGAUAUAGCCAACACGCCAUUCAGUUACAGUACCUUUUGGAGACAGAGCUACACUUUUUACAACUGCUCCUUACAGUUACAGAGCUUCGAUCAAACGUAUUAUGGCUUUCCAUUCCGUUGCCUGAGCACCGAAAAUUACUCUGUAAUCGCUUCUACUGGUUCCAUGCCUUCAAAUUGUAAGGUUUUGAAGACGAUCGUGGUGCCAGUUCGAUCAAACAGCGACUUUAGAUAUGAAUUGCAGUUGAUGUGGUUCACUCCGUAUUGCGGAUCUUGUGAAAGGGAAGGUAAAGCUUGUGGAUUGAAGAGCGAUGAUGGACAGACAAUUUGCGUUAGUCCUUCCCGCGGUAUUCCAAGGAGUGCUAAAUACGGAUUAAGCAUAGGCAUCGGUGUACCUGCCUUAAUAAGCAUCAUUUGGCUUAUAUGCUAUGCAUCAGCAAGAGCACAAGCCCAAAACGAAUCUCAUAACCAAAGCAUUGACAUUAACUCAAUCGCAAUCAUCCCACGAUUGGCCUCAAGAACAGGCUUAGAUGGGCCUACAAUCGAGUCCUACACUAAAACCAUUAUUGGAGAGAGUGGUAGAUUGUCUAACGAUGAUGCUACUUGUGCUAUAUGUCUUUCUGAUUACAAACCUAAAGAGUCAUUGAGGACAAUCCCAGAAUGUAAUCACUAUUUCCAUUCUGAUUGCAUUGACGAGUGGCUUAAGUUGAAUGCGACCUGUCCAGUGUGUAGGAAUACACCAGAAAGUUCGGCACUAGUUACACCUUGUUCUUCGGCAUCAUCGAGAUUGAGUUCGGUAGAUUCAUCGUAGAUAAAAAAAAAAUCGAAAAUAAAUAUUGAAUUUUGAUAACAUUUACA